GUUUACUCUCGACUUCCCCGCUAGAGGGCGCACAACAUGAGCUCUCUCCAAACACAUGGAUGAGGAUGUGGACACCAUUGACACUAUAUACACUGUGGACCAGCGCACACAGGUGUGUGGCUACUCACUGAUGCUCCAUAGUUCUCCUCAUCACAUGAAGUGAAAAUGAGAGGGUUGCUGAAGAUGACGGUGUCAGCAGUGACCCGUGGUUUUGGACAUGUUCACUGCAGAUGUCUCUGUGGACGACCUCCCGCACCACUUGGAGGCAGAAUCCUCACCAACCCUGAGCACAUCUUCCAUCAUAACAUGUGGGAUCACGUUCAGUGGUCACCGGAGGAGAUGGAAAAAGCCAGACAAAAAGCAGAAGAGAAUUCCAGAGACCAGAUUCCAGUAGAAGAGCAGGUCAGGUAUGACAGAGACGCAAACAAAUAUUGGGACAGAUUUUACGAAAUGCAUCAAAACAAAUUCUUCAAAAACCGGCAGUGGCUUUUCUCUGAGUUUCCUGAGCUCUUGCCCCAGGGCUGUGACACAAAUCGUAUUCCAGAAAUUCGGGAGACAUGUACUGAGUUAGGAGAAACCCUGCACAGCAGGACGGACAGCCAGCAGGAAGACUCUCACAUUCUCAACCAUGAUCUACUGAGAGAGAAGCAGCAGCACACUGAUUAUGUUUCUGCACUGCAGACUCACAAAGCUGUGGCUUUUCCUGGGCAACAUGCUUCUUUCAGAAUACUGGAGGUGGGAUGUGGUGCAGGCAACAGUGUAUUCCCUAUCAUCAACACCAUCAGGGGCAGUGAUGCAUUCCUGUACUGCUUUGACUUUUCUAACAGAGCAAUCCAACUUGUCAAGGAGCAUCCAGACUACGAUCCUGCAGUGUGCCAUGCAUUUGUGCAUGACAUUUGUGAUGAUGUGUCCAUGUUUCCCUUUCCUCAAGAAAGUCUUGAUGUUAUUGCUGUAGUUUUUGUGCUCUCUUCCAUUCACCCUGAGAGGAUCCAAAGAGUGGUUAAUCGUCUGGCAGGCUACCUGAAGCACGGAGGAAUCAUCCUCUUCAGAGAUUAUGGCAGAUAUGAUCUGGCUCAGUUACGAUUCAAAAAAGGGCAGUGCUUGUCUGACAAUUUUUACACACGACAAGAUGGAACCUGUGUAUAUUUUUUUAUGAAAGACGAGAUCCAGCAGUUGUUCACAAAUGUUGGUUUGGAGGAGGUUCAGAACCUGGAAGACAGGAGACUUCAGGUGAACAGAGGAAAGAAAGUGGUGAUGCAUAGAGUGUGGAUACAGAGCAAGUAUCGAAAACCUCUCAACACCAGGAUGUUAAGUAGUGAGAUUGCUGAUGUGGAAGCAAAUAAGCCCAUACACGUAUAAAAUGAAAUUGAAAGAAAUGAGAAAAGUCAAUGAGAGGGAUCAUUUAACAGCUACAGUAGCUACUGUAUUUUACAUUAGUAAAUAUAUUAUUGUUAAUUUAAUAGUGUUAUUUUACUUAUGUGAAUAAAGACAAUGAUGACCACAACACCAAAUUAAUAUCAA